CGGCGCGGGCGCGGCUGGGCGGGGGCGGGGCCGGGGCCGUGAGGGAGAGGCCGCCAUGCUGCGGGAGCUGCGGCGGCGCUGGCGCUCGUACAAAUACCGCUUCGUGCCCUGGCUCGCCCUCAACCUCCGCCGCCAGCGCAGGACCCUUCGAUAUGUUCCUGAAAGCUCUCAAGACAAAAUUGUUGCUGAUGAAGAUGUCUUUGAAACUCUGCUGAAAACAUUUAAAGCUCUGUUCAUAAAUGACUUAAGCAGACAAGCAGAUAUUCUGGCCUUACUUCCAGAAGUCAAGUGUCAGUAUCUGGAAUUGCUCACUGUGGAGCAGAAGCAGCCAAAAGUAAAUUCCUGUAACCGCCAGGGUCAGCACGUGUUUACUCCUGAGGAAGUUCUGUUUAACACUCUUGGGUUCACGGUUAGCAGAGACCAGAGUUCCCUGGUGUCUGCUGGAACUGGAGUCUUUGUUACCAAAGGUUUUGUACCGAAAGGGACGGUUGUGUCUAUGUAUCCUGGUACAGUAUACAGAAAACAUGAGCCCAUCUUUUUCCAGUCCCUUGGCAAUCCCUUUAUUUUUAGGUGCAUUGAUGGUGUCCUUAUUGAUGGGAACGAUAAAGGAUUGUCAAGAUCAGUGUACAGGUCGUGCAGCAGAAGAGAUCAGCUUGGCCCUGUCCAAAUGAGUGAUGAGAGCUGGCUGACAGCAUCCCCGCAAAACCCACUGGCAGUGGGACAGUAUGUCAACAACUGCUCACAUGAAAAAGCAGCCAACGUGUGUUAUCAAGAGUUUGAUGUGCCGGGACAUUUUCCAGUGGAACUGAAACAAUAUCUUCCAAACAUCGUCUACAGCCAUGACACAGAGAGGUUGGCAACAAGUGAAAGAGCUCGUAUAUUUGUAUGACACAAAGCAUACUGCAUGUGUAAAGAAAAGACAGACAUGGUUAAAAAAUAACAAACUGUAUGAAGAUGACUGACACAAAAGUGUGCAACUGUGUUUGGGAGUUACCUCUCUGAAUAGACUAAUUUUAUUUACAAGACCCUUCAUUCCUCUUUCCACAUUUUCGCUAAUGAAAUCAGCCUAGCUCUGCAGGCACAGUUUUACAAGCUAUUGUUGCACUAUAGUGCAAUUCUUCUGAAUCCCAUAAAGCACUAGUUGUACUUUGUAUUACAGUACUGAGACAUUUCAAUACCCGUCUCAAAUCUACUUCAGCCUUGACCAAAGCCCUUCUGAGAUAAUUCAGAUUUAGGCUUCUUACUCUCUUUUUGUCAUGUCUUCUGAUUAUGUAACAAAUAAGCAGAUGAAUUUGCAAGAGGAAACCUAAAAUUGUAUUGAGACAAGUGAGAUGCUGUGCAGUAUAAAGUUACAAUACUUAAAGUUACAAUACAAUUAGUAAAAGUCCAACAUCCCAGUUAUGACUUAAAAGUCCACAUUUUUUCUUUGAAAGAUGGAAAUCUUUCUCAGAUAAUCCUCUUCAUUUCAAGAAUGUUUAAGAAUUUUAGAGCAGAUCAUCUGAACUUCGAUGUAAUUCUGGAGUUAAAUUUAAGUACUCUGAAGUUUUCAUUGGAGAAGGUUAUGGUGCAUAUUGGAAAAAUGGCUUUUCUGAUUAAACUUUAGAGUUUGUUGAGUCAAGGUUAAAGAUGCACUUGGAAUCUGCAUAUAAUUAAAUAAAUGCUAAUAAAAUAAGCAGUAGGGCUAAAUUAUCAGGGAGCCUGGAUGCUGUACUUGAAGUGUGAAAGCACACAGACUAUGGGACUGCUUCAGGAAGGGGGACUUCUGCUCUUGCUUGGAAUCCAUCCAAGAAAAUAAGGUCUUCUGGUCAUCAUUUCUCACAGUGGACAGCCACCAGACGAAAGAUCCCAUCUGCUUCUAGGUGCUUGUUUUGAUACUGAUGUAUGCAGUGCUGACAACGUAGAUUAUAUGGUUUCUAGAUCCUCUUGUGUCUUAUAGAAGAGUUCUCACUACUUACUUACCUUGUUGUUUCAUAAGUUUCAAAAUGGCCUCACACCAAUUUUUUAAUAGCAGAGACUUGGGCUGAUGCUGUUUUCCACUUCCUGGUUCAUCAGUAUCCAAAGCAUGUGCUCUCCUUCCUAGAACACAUCUGGUGUAGGGCACCAUCAUUUACUGAAAGGAAGUUCAGAGGGGUGGGUUUGUACAUUUCUCUGUGAGAAAUUGCCUGCCAGCCCCUGAUACCAGCUGACUGAGGGAGCUGGGGAUGUUUAUCCUGCAGGAAAGGAGACUCAGAGGUGACCUUAACACUCUGCAACUCCCUGAAAGGUGGCUGCAGUCAGGUGGGGUUGGUCUCUUUCUCCAGGCAACAACUGACAGAAUGAGAGGAUACAGUCUUAAGUUGCACCAAGGGAAAUAUAGGUUGAAUAUUAGGAAAAUGUUUUUUACAGAAAGGGUGAUAAAGUACUGGAAUGGCCUGCCUGGGGAGAUGGUGGAGUCACCACCCCUGGAUGUGUUUAAGAAAAGAUUGGAUGUGGCAUUCAGUGCCAUGGUUUAAUUGAGGUGUUGGGGCACGGGUUGGACUUGGAUGAUCUUGGAGGUGUCUUCCAGCCCAGUGCUUGUGUGAUAACUGAUGUGAUACCUGACCCAUCACUGCAGAUGAUCUGGUGCAGUUCGGGGCUGUCCUCUGGGCGGCAGUGGGCCUUGGGAGAGGCGCUGCAGCCGGCCGGCACCUGCACGCAGGCGUGUCCGCAGGGGCGCCCUCUGCCGCGUGAGCUUUGCUGUAUCUUCUCCUGCCUGAGUCAGUGUGUCUCUUGCAGUCUUGACCAAUUCCUGUCGUCUCUGAGUGACUGCGUGGAACAAUUGAAUGGAAACAUUUUUUGCAUACGCACAUAGGCUGUGUUUUUUUGAUAAUUAUAUUGGUUUUGCUUAUAUUUGCUGUCUGUGUUCCAGUGCUGUUUUUCCAUGAUCCCUACCUUGCAUUAUGCAUAUCACUCAAAAUGUAUCUAGAUGAUGCCACUGGUUUAGCUUCUUGAAAUGAAGAAUUGAGAACAAUUCAAAGGAAAAUAUAACUGUUCACUUUCACAUAUGUUGCUUCUUCUUCUU